AUGCCUGUUACAUUAACGGCAUGUCCUAACUUCCCUUGAUCUCACUUGUAAACAAACAUUUACUGUAACAUUAUCAGCAACUGGAAACACCAGCGCCACGGUGUUUAAAAAGUGGACCUCCGUGGCGUCACACCGGCUGCUUGGAGCGUGUGCCCAAAUGCAGUGCACCUUUCUGGGCCACACCAAGUGGUUCUUCCUGCUCUGUACUCUGGUUCGCCGCGUAGCAGUGAUGUGAGGUUGUCGGUAUCUGUUUGAAAAAAAUGUUUUGUGCAUCUCUGGUUAAUACUAAAGCACUUCCUUAAGCCUUCAUAUCUGUGGUUUGUGUGUGUGUGUGUGUGUGUGUCAACAAGCCAAGACUAGUCAGACAAGUGGGUGUGUCUCUGCACUCAGGUAUGUCUCGUCCAAACCUGCUUACUUUAUCUAGUUUCUCUGCAAAGCAGCACAGCACAUCCUGGUAGCUCCUUUCGGAUUGUGUCUUUAGACUGUUUAUUAGUGGAUCAGCAGCCAUGUCAGUCAUUGUGUAUUAUUCCAGCGUGUCCAGUUGUGUUAAGAUGAAGAAAGAACAGAAGAGAAUCUUUGAUGUCCUUGAGUCCAAGAACAUCUCCUUUCAGCAGGUGGACAUUUCCCAGAAUUCUGCAGAUAAAGACUUAAUGAGAAAUAAAGCCAACGACAAGUCCGCGCUGCCCCCUCAAAUCUGCAACGGGGACGUCUACUGUGGGGAUUAUGGGGCGUUCGACAAUGCAGUCGAGACCGGACAAUUGGAGGCCUUUCUCAAACUCUGACCAGCCACAGCAUUCCACUUUAUUUCCUCAUUGUCAACUGUUGGUUCUGUUUUUUUCUUGUGUUUGUUCUGAUGCUGUCAGAUGCUUUAAAAUCAAUGUAACUUGUUUUUAUUUUGCUCCCAAGAAAACAGCUGGAAUCAGAAAAGAAAUACUUGAAAGAAAUUAAAAAUGAUUAAAAACGA